AUGCCUAGCUUCCUCGCAUUCGUGCGAGACCAGUACACUCAUCUUCCCAUACCCGACCCUCCAGCCAAUAUCAAAGACGCAACGUACAUCGUGACAGGCGCCAACACGGGUUUGGGGUAUGAAUGUACCAAGCAUCUUUUUCGCCUGGGCGCCAAGCGCAUCAUUAUGGCAGUAAGGACACCAAGUAAAGGCAAGGCCGCACUGGCGACGAUCCAGAGUGAGACCGGUCGCAAAGAUAUCGGCGAAGUCUGGGAGCUGGAUCUCACGUCCCUAGAUUCAGUCGAAGCGUUUGCCCAGCGCGUCGACAAGCUCGAUAGACUGGAUGCUAUAAUCGAGAAUGCAGGACUUGUUAUGACAAAGUUUGAACUGGUUGAGGGUCUAGAGCAUUCUCUCUUGGUCAAUGUUAUUUCCACUAUGUUGCUCGCCUUCCGCGUAUUGCCCAAGCUUCAGGAGUCCGCAAGCAGAUUGGGAAUUCAGACACAUCUGGUGAUUGUGUCAAGCAACACGGCUUUCCAGUCUGAUAUGGAAAAUCGUUUAGAAAGUCUCCAGGGUGACGUUUUUGAUGCACUGAGCAAUAAAAAGAGCUUCGGAACUUUUGUUCAGUGA